GUCAGUAUUCUAAAAACACAAGUAGUGCUGGUGAUCUUCAAUGAAAUCCCCUCCUCGCCUACACCCUCCGAACUGACCUCGUCUCCGCGCAAACUUCCAGCAAACAUCCAGCAUGAGCGGAGACCCACACCAUGGAUGUGCCACAUGAGGAGGACCAGACUAACUGAAGCCCCCGCUCAAAGUUUUGCUCCACAGAGACCACUGUGACACUGACUGAACAGACACUCAACUUUACCGGUUUUUCUGCUUUCCUGAUACUUUUUUACUUGCGCCUGACUGUUGGGAUUGCUUGGAUUCCGCGCUGUCUCUUAUAUAUGUUCAGCCGAGGAGACGUGUAGUUUUUCGCGGUGGUUCGCUAAAAGGAAGCUGACAUGCAGGUUCUCGGUUGGACCAUAGUUUUCCUGUGCCAGUGGAUCCUACGGAAGGUCCAAGGGUUGGAGAAGCAGGUGGAAUUCUCAGACCUGCGCCCAGUGGGGUCUGUGAUGAAGUCUCUUCCCUAUGGCAUAGGAGGAGGUGUACCGUCAGCAGGAGUGGUGAAGCCUCCAUACCAAACACGUAUCUUCUCCACCUCCAUCGACCAGACACCUAUGAAAACCAAGCCGCCCACCUACAGUUUCUAUAACCCUUACGACCCGGCCCGGAAUCAGUCCCUGCUGCUGGACCAGACAGGAUACCGCUCUAAGCGCAAGCCCUCGCUAAAAACAAACAUGAAGACCAAGAAGAUCUUCGGCUGGGGAGACUUCUACUUCAACGUCAAGACCAUGAAGUUCAGCUUGUUGGUGACAGGGAAGAUCGUGGACCACAUCAACGGCACGUUCACCGUUUACUUCCGCCACAACUCGUCCAGCCUUGGGAACGUGUCGGUCAGCAUUGUGCCGCCCACCAAAGUUGUGGAGUUUGAGGUCCUCCACCACCAGCAACAGCACCAUCAGCUACACCCUCACACUCAGCAGGAGAUCCAGAUCCAGGAGACCCAGCAGUCCACCGUCAACCACAAAGAGAUAAAGACCUUUAACUGUCGGGUGGAGUACGAGAAGACCAACAGAUCCAAGAAGCCGAAACCCUGCCUGUAUGACCCCUCUCAGACCUGCUUCACGGAGCACACCCAGUCCCACGCCGCCUGGCUCUGUGCCAAACCCUUCAAGGUCAUCUGCAUCUUCAUCUCUUUCCUCAGCAUCGACUACAAGCUGGUGCAAAAAGUGUGUCCGGACUACAACUUCCAAAGUGAGCACCCUUACCUUGGAUAAGAAAGGGAGCUUGAAAUGCAAAGAUAAAAAGAUAGAGACAAUGUUAACGACAACGAUGAUGCUUAUGAUGAUAAUGAUGGAUAUCAUAGUCAUAUUGAUUACGAUGAAGAAGCAGGGGACAGUUUUUUGCCUCUAAACUGCUGUGAAUUGUGGAUUUAAAUCAAGUGUAAUCAGAGUAUUGAAUGGUUAGGAUAUGGCUGAUUUCUCUGACUUAUUUUCCAACUUUAUAUUUGUUAACCUCUGUUUUAUUUGCUUUUUUUCUGUAAAUAAUGUAUUUAACCUCAGCACACUUAUUGUUUUUAGAUAUUUGUUUCUCAGUGUUAUUACUUUUUGCAGUUGGAAAAUUCGGUUGAAGACAGCUGGAACAGUAUUAUGCCCUCCGAGUACAAGGGGAGCCUCUGAGGCGGCUGAGCUGUGCCACCACUGUACGGCAGAAGUAAUGUUAUGGUAGACUGACUGUUAAUCAUCCUCUCAGCUCUACUUUCCCUGGAUAUAAGAGAGUUAUAUGUAUGAGAAAUGCUAUGGUGGAUAUGCAUACAAUAUACUGUAUGAAAAAGCACAUUAAAAUCUCUUAAACUGUC